AGGCAAGACAGCAGGGCUGGGGGCUCCGGACUGCGGGCGCCAGGGCCGCUGCCGCCGCUUGACGCUCCUCCGGGGACCUUCCCGAGUUACUUUGUAAAGGCGAACCUCGGCGAGGAAGCCCCGACUCGGCACCCCCCCCCGCCACCCCCCCCCAAGUCAGGGGCCACUUCCUGCCUCUGGGCUGCCCGUGCCAGGCUCGCAGCGCUCGGCACCCCCGGCCCCCUUGCCCGAGCCCGCCGCCUGCCCAGCGCGCCGCCGCCGCCGCCGCCGCCGCCGCCUCUGCAGCUGCGGAGCCUCGAGCCGGCUCCCGGGAAGAACAUUUCUUCGCCGGGCUCCGCGUCCCUAGCACGCCCCCCUGCUCCUCCCCGGCGGGUGCUCCCCGGCGCCCGGUGUGAGUGCGGCGUGCGUGCGCGUGUGUGUCGGAGCAUUGUGUUGUGGAAGAGUGUGCGUGUGUGCGCGUGUGCUUGCGUGUGUGAGUGUGAGUGUGAGUGUGUGUGCGUGUGCGUGUGUGUGUGUGUGUGUGUGUGUGUGCGCGCGCGAGGGGGGCGUGCGGGGCUCGAGCGCUCCGCUCGCGGCCGCCGCCGGAGAAGGACGGACGGACGGCGCUUCCUUCUGGGGCCAGCGGUGCCCGGGCGCCUCGGCUCGGCCCCGGCACGCGGGGAGCGCGCUCUGCCGGCCGCCGGCCUCCCGGAGGUCCCGCCGUGUGCCCCCCGGGCUGGAUAUGUUCCUGCUCACGCGAAGAUGGAUUUAGUGUACGGGCUCGUGUGGCUGCUGACGGUGCUCCUGGAGGGGAUCUCCGGACAAGGAGUGUACGCUCCCCCCACGGUUCGAAUUGUUCACUCAGGCUUGGCCUGUAACAUUGAAGAGGAGCGCUACUCUGAAAGGGUCUACACCAUUCGGGAAGGAGAAACUCUAGAGUUGACCUGUCUAGUCACAGGUCACCCACGUCCACAGAUCAGGUGGACCAAAACAGCAGGAAGUGCCUCUGACAGAUUUCAAGACUCAAGUGUAUUCAAUGAAACUUUGAGGAUUACAAAUAUUCAACGACACCAAGGAGGCCGGUAUUACUGUAAAGCAGAGAAUGGUUUGGGGUCCCCUGCGAUAAAGUCAAUUAGAGUGGAUGUGUACUAUUUGGAUGAUCCAGUAGUGACUGUUCAUCAAAGUAUAGGUGAAGCUAAGGAACAGUUUUACUAUGAGAGAACAGUAUUCCUGCGAUGUGUCGCUAAUUCCAACCCACCUGUUCGGUACAGCUGGAGACGUGGGCAGGAAGUAUUAUUGCAAGGAUCUGAUAAAGGAGUUGAGAUUUAUGAACCCUUCUUUACCCAGGGUGAAACAAAGAUCUUAAAACUGAAGAAUCUCCGACCUCAGGACUAUGCUAAUUAUAGCUGCAUUGCUUCAGUGAGGAAUGUAUGUAAUAUUCCCGAUAAGAUGGUGUCAUUUAGACUUUCCAAUAAAACAGCAUCUCCGUCCAUUAAGCUCUUGGUGGAUGAUCCUAUAGUUGUAAACCCUGGAGAGGCCAUAACAUUAGUAUGUGUUACGACAGGAGGGGAACCUCCACCUUCUCUCACAUGGGUCAGGUCCUUUGGGAUUCUGCCUGAAAAGACUGUUUUGAAUGGAGGAACAUUGACUAUACCUGCUAUCACAUCAGAAGAUGCUGGGACUUACAGCUGCAUUGCCAAUAAUAAUGUGGGAAACCCUGCAAAAAAGUCUACCAACAUUAUUGUGAGAGCAUUAAAAAAAGGACGAUUUUGGAUCACACCAGAUCCUUAUCACAAAGAUGACAACAUCCAGAUUGGGCGUGAGGUGAAAAUAUCUUGCCAAGUAGAAGCUGUUCCUUCUGAGGAGUUAACAUUUAGUUGGUUUAAAAAUGGUCGUCCAUUAAGAAGUUCAGAGCGGAUGGUUAUUACACAGACUGAUCCAGAUGUCUCCCCGGGAACAACCAACUUGGACAUCAUUGAUUUAAAAUUCACGGAUUUUGGGACAUAUACUUGUGUAGCAUCUCUGAAGGGAGGAGGAAUAUCUGAUAUCAGUAUUGAUGUUAAUAUAUCCAGCAGCACAGUUCCACCCAAUCUGACUGUUCCACAGGAAAAAUCACCUUUGGUCACCAGAGAAGGAGAUACUAUAGAACUGCAAUGUCAAGUAACUGGGAAACCUAAACCCAUCAUCCUUUGGUCUAGAGCAGAUAAAGAAGUUGCAAUGCCUGAUGGGUCAAUGCAAAUGGAGAGUUAUGAUGGAACACUGCGGAUUGUGAAUGUAUCUCGGGAAAUGUCAGGAAUGUACAGAUGUCAGACCAGCCAGUACAAUGGAUUUAACGUGAAACCAAGGGAAGCCUUGGUGCAGCUUAUUGUGCAGUACCCACCUGCUGUGGAACCGGCUUUCCUGGAAAUUCGACAAGGACAAGAUCGGAGUGUCACUAUGAGCUGCCGCGUGCUGAGAGCCUAUCCAAUAAGGGUGCUGACAUAUGAGUGGCGUUUGGGCAACAAAUUGCUAAGGACUGGGCAGUUUGACUCUCAAGAAUACACAGAGUACCCAGUGAAGAGCCUUUCCAAUGAAAACUAUGGGGUGUAUAAUUGUAGCAUCAUAAAUGAAGCUGGAGCUGGGCGAUGCAGCUUUCUUGUUACAGGAAAGGCCUAUGCUCCUGAAUUCUAUUAUGAUACCUAUAAUCCUGUGUGGCAGAACAGACAUCGUGUUUAUUCCUACAGUCUGCAGUGGACACAAAUGAAUCCUGAUGCAGUAGAUCGGAUCGUUGCAUACCGAUUGGGUAUUAGGCAGGCUGGACAGCAACGUUGGUGGGAACAGGAGAUUAAAAUUAAUGGGAAUAUCCAAAAAGGAGAAUUAAUUACGUAUAACUUGACUGAACUAAUUAAACCAGAGGCUUAUGAAGUGCGACUAACUCCUCUCACCAAAUUUGGCGAAGGUGAUUCAACAAUUCGUGUCAUUAAAUAUAGUGCUCCUGUUAAUCCACAUUUGAGAGAAUUUCAUUGUGGAUUUGAAGAUGGUAACAUUUGCUUAUUCACCCAAGAUGAUACAGAUAAUUUUGAUUGGACAAAGCAAAGUACUGCAACAAGAAAUACAAAAUAUACUCCAAAUACAGGACCUAAUGCUGAUCGUAGUGGCUCCAAAGAAGGUUUUUAUAUGUACAUUGAGACAUCGAGACCCAGAUUGGAAGGUGAAAAAGCUCGACUUCUCAGUCCUGUUUUCAGCAUAGCUCCCAAAAACCCUUAUGGACCCACAAACACUGCAUAUUGUUUCAGCUUCUUUUAUCACAUGUAUGGACAACAUAUAGGUGUUUUAAAUGUUUAUCUACGUUUGAAAGGGCAGACAACGAUAGAGAAUCCACUGUGGUCUUCAAGUGGAAAUAAAGGACAACGAUGGAAUGAGGCUCAUGUUAAUAUAUAUCCAAUUACUUCAUUUCAGCUCAUUUUUGAAGGUAUUCGAGGUCCUGGAAUAGAAGGUGAUAUUGCCAUUGAUGAUGUGUCAAUUGCAGAGGGAGAAUGUGCCAAACAAGACCUAGCGACCAAGAAUUCUGUUGAUGGUGCUGUUGGAAUUUUAGUGCAUAUAUGGAUUUUUCCGGUUAUCGUCCUCAUCUCUAUCUUAAGUCCUCGAAGGUGACCUUAUCCUGGCAGAGGCUAUAAAAGAUUCACCAGGCACUGGCAUGAAGAAAGAGUCUUUGUAAAUGGACAUUGAAAAAACAAACUACCAAAGAUUCCUCAACUGACUACUGACUCAAAAAUAAAAUAAUAAAACAAAAUUUUUUAAGCACUGGGGAUUAAUAAAAAAGACAUCAUGGAAGUAUAACUUAUUCCAAACUACAUAUAAAGAUAACCUUGACCUGAGUAGUGAAGAGACCUUCAGGUGCUUUUGUGGCUAAAAGAUUACAGCAUCAUCUGGUCAUCUGGUUGAACUCUGGAAAAAAAAAAAAGCUAUAGAAAUCCUUGUCAAAGCACAAAGUCAUGGCUGGUUUUGUUUCAAAUGAAUAGUUUGCUUGUUACCAUGGAAACCUAAUGGCCUGCCAACAAAAACCUCACUGUAAACAGGGUACGUGAAGAGCUGGCAUUUAUUUUCCUUUCAAGAAGGUUUUUCGUAGAGAAUUAAAUAAAUGUAGGCCCUUUUACCUUUGGUUGUUACCCUUCCUUGAAAAUAACCUGAACUCAGAAUGAUUUAAAACACUCAUGUUCCUCCUAGCCUCUCCCCAUCCCACCUUGGUUGUUAUUUUUUGUUUUCCUCCAUGGCUAAGCUAGAUAACUGUAUGCUGUCUCUUUUUGCAUGCACUACUAUCCAGGACGGUAAACCUGGGCUUACAUAAUUACACAGGCUUAUCGGAGUUUGCUUGCAGCCACUUGAACACUCAAACUAAGUCAUCUGUUCCAACGAAGAAACCAAACACCAUCUUUUAUAAAUUGCCAUGGAAACCAAGUGCCUUCAAUGAAACAAGCCUGACUAAUUUUCAACUCAGAAGCUUGCACUGCUAAGAGUGGUUUGUGUAAAACUAUUUUAUAAGCAAACUACAGAGCCUAAAUGUGCAAAUUACAGGCAAAACAACAAAGCCGCUUCUGAAGAAGAAAGGACCGCAGCUGCUGCGUAAGCCCAUGCAGAUGAGAUAUUUAUUGUUUGACCUAGACAGCCAUGGCCUUUCGGCUUAUUGUCCAUUAGAAAAUAACUUCCACUGAGACCAGACAUGGGAGCAACACUUUUUUCUUCCAGGUUACUAAAUGGGUCAACCAGAGCCAAAGGUUGUUAAGAUAAUACUUAGAACAGAAGAUGGUAAAACACAAGAGUAAUUUCUCACUCUAGCCUCCAUUUGAAAUGAAAUUGGCCCUAGCUUUAGAGGGAACAAGAAUAUGUGAUUGCAGUGCAUACAAACUCUACAGCGGAACUGGGCCUGAAAAUUCUGGCUUUAUUCUAAACACUGAGGGUAAUAUGCCUCUGCCCUUUAGUCAGACUCUGUGCAAAUUGUGAAAUAUUAUUUUAUUAUUUUACCAAGAUUAAAAACACUUUUACAAAAAAACAAAAAUCUGUAAAAAUGAUUUUGAGCUACCUGAGGACAAAUCAUACCUUUAACCAGCCAGUUUUCCAAUGCAUUGUAAAUUUCACUUAAACCUGUUGGUUAUGAAAAUUUGAAGAUCUUUUUCCUUAAAUUAUCUCAACUUUUAACUUCAUUUAAAACGACUUUUGUCUAAGGAAGAAUAUUAUUAUUAUUAUAUGUUCUUUCAACACCCCAGGAUUAAAAAGUGGAUUAUGCAAGUAAUUGGGAUAUAAAUAUUAAAUUAUAACAUUUGCAAUUAUUAAUAUUAAAAGCACAACAAGAUGUAGUUGAAAAUGACAAAGCUUGAUUUUUUUAAUAAAUUCUGUAGAAAUGUUUGUGCAAAUUCAGUAAUUCAACUUAAAAGUUAAUUUUACAGCUAUGUUAAAUAAAGCCUCUUUCCAGGUAAGGUAUGAAAAGCAGUAUGUGUGUUUGUUGAGCAAUGUUUACUUAUUACCAAAAUGAGAUUAGUUGCAUAAUUGAUUUGUUAUUUAUGGGAUAAAUUUUCAUUGUUUCAUUCCUACACAGUAAUGUCUACAGGAAGAAAUUUUAAGAGGAACUCCCUGAUACACUCUGCCAUAUUUGCAAUCCAUGUAAAAAUAAUAUCAAAUCUUUGAAAGUAAAUCAUGAAACAAAAUAAACUUGAAAUGUAAUGCUGAUUUUCACAGUUAAAGAGGAGACUAGUCUGAAUAUCUAGUGACAGAGUUGAACUGAACCAACCCCUUUAUAUUAAACAGGAUAAAAAAAAAAGCUUUAGAAUUUCUUUGAAUUCAAAAGCAAACAUAUUACAUAUUGAAAACUUUUCAAAAUUGUGGUCAAGGAUCAUAAGGCACUUACCUUAUGUGUAGCCAACCUGAUUCCAACCCCUGCAUUCUUUCUGGUCCUCCAAGCUCCAUCGGGAGCAAACCUGUGCACUGCCAGGUGUGGACCAUAAGAAAAUCAAAACAAAUAAAAAAUUAUAGUCAACUGUCUAAUUUAUCAACCAAAAAGAUCAUAGUAAACAAUAUUUGAAUCACAUGAUUUAAUAUUUUGAGUAAAAAUAUCUUCAUCUUGACUUCAUUUAGUGUGCAACUAACAACUUCUCUCCACUAUUCCUAUUGAUAGAUCAUCUUUAUUUUCUGCACACACCUUGAUUCUAUUAUCAAGAAAAUAUUUUAGUGUUAAAGAGAAGACUAUCUCAUUUCCAUCACCAUUUUUUAAAAUAUGGCUUGAGUGAGACUUUUCAAAAAAAACUAGCAACUUUAUAUUCAGACUAUUUGGAUAUACAUGUGUCCUUUCCUGGAAAGCAAUUAAAUUUCCAUUUCUCCCUAAAUGCUUCAUCAGAGGAAAUUUCUGUAAAUAAAGUAGGUCUACCAUAAAACAUUCAGGAGCCAGAGCGAUAAUACAGUGGGUAUGGUGCAGGCCUUACAUGGGUGAUCUGGGUUCAGUUCCCAAUACCCCAGAAGUUCUCCUGAACCUAUCAGGAGUAAGCCCUGAGCACUGCUGGGUAUGGCCAAAACACCAAAACCAAAACACCCCUUUCCCCCACCAGAAACCUUUUAAGUCCUUCCAGUAACUUUCUGCACAGUAAGAACACAUAAUGCUUCACAAGUGUAUUCAGAGUGAUAGUAUGCAAUAAGUAUAUUAAUAGUAAGGAUAUACAGUGCUUCAGAAGUUCAUGAGAACUGGCUGGUACUUCAAAAAUAAUUCUUGAUUAAAUUUUCAAGAAAUUGCAGAUGAGUGCAAAGAGUAAUGUGGGGGACAGAGAAACCACAAAACAAUUAAAUUUAUUGAUAUGAUAAUACAUUAAAAUACAUUUUUCAAGUGGGUUCUGAAUUACUUAUAUAAACCAGGAAACUUAGAACCUGUUUUCUUUCCUCCAGAUCAAAUGUUCUCUUGCUUUAAUUGAAAGUAAAUGUAUGAAUAUACAGGAAAUUUUAAAAGAUUGGGAUAAGGGAAUUAUAAAAUAUGUUGCAUAGUCUCUUCUAUAACAUUAAUAGCAAUGAUGACAACUUUAAAGCACUUACCUGUUUACCAACUGCCUUCCUAUUCCUAAUUUAUUAUUACAUUUUUUUGUAUUUUACGAGUUGAAGUCACAUUCACCCCUUUUCUUUUUUGUUAGCAUUUUAAAUGUAAAUGAUGCCAGUAUUUUUGUUGUUGUGUUUUUAUGUAGGAAGGCAUCAGGCAAUAGAACUUUCUAAUUUUCUGGGAU